AUAAUCAUCAUUUCAUCUCAUGUAUGUUUAUCCUUGAUUACUAUUUAUAAAUUAUAAUUGGUUCUUACCAAGUUUUAUAACUAGAAAAUAAAAAAGAUGCCAAUGGAGCGUUCAAACUCGUCGUCGGGCAGUUCAUCAAACUCUUCACCGUCCGCCGCCGUGUCACGGCGGAUGCGAGGCUCCUCCGCCUCCGUUGUAUCCAUACAGUGCUUGAAGGGCAGCUCGAAAGGCGACGAAUGGACCGGCGGCAUGUUGCAGACCGGAGAUAUCGUGGAGGAGCUCCAGCUAGGGACGACGAUCCACAAGGCGCCGUUCAAGAACGGCGGCGCCGGCCUCCAGAAGCUCUUCCACCAUGCCUACAAGAUCAAUAGCACCUCCGUGCACGUCAGAGUCCGGCGGGGCUCCGACAAGUUCGCCGAGCUGCAGGCCUGCCUCGUCCCGAACCAGGCGGCCGGCCGGAAACAGUACAUGCUAAGGUCCAUCGACGAUCCCAACUACGCCGUCGGGUUCACUGACCGGUUCGAGGAGGAGUGCUUGGAUUUGCAAGUUUCGAGAACGGCAAGAAUGAUGGAUGCAUUGCGAGCAACACCGAUUCAGAAUGGAUUUGUAUCAUAUCAAUGGCCAAGGAGAGCGGCGGAGACGGCGGGAGUGCCCAACUCCCGCACCUCUUACUCCAUGCUCUUCUUGCCCAUAGCCACCCACAAAUCCACUAUCGGAUACAGUGAUAUCGAUGACACCAUUGCCAGAGCCAAUACCUGGCUCGGCGCUUCUCAAGCUUCCGGCGUCCCAAUCGUCCUCAUCAAUAUCCAGACUGAAUCCCUCCUCACUAAGAUAUCUGGAGAGAUGGCUUCUUGUAGUGUACAAACUGGGUCGCUGGUUUCUGAUUUGUCAAAUAUUGCAAAUGCAAGCUUGUACGGGUUUGAAGAUUACCAUGGCGUAGAUAUCGGUGUUGUAAGAGCUGUUAGGCUAUGGUUUUCCCCUCUUACAGCAGAAUUUCCCAUCGAAAUCAAAAUCAAAGAUAAUGACACCAAAUUGGGAUUUUCUAUCAGUCGAACACAUGAGGGAUUCAUAUACAUAUCAUCGGUUCUAGAAGGGGAUGAAUAUGCAUCAUCCGCGCAAUCUGGUCUGGGAGACCUGUUCAUGGAAGCAAGUAGAAGGAAGAAGCUUCUAGUAGUUUCCAAAAUCUCGCAUCAGAAGGUUCUCCCCUGGAUGGUUUCCCCGACCGGCGCCAUCCGAUGCUACGACACCGUGUCAGUUAGCCAAAAGCUGUCUUUGCAUCGCCAUGCAAAGAUGCCUAUCCUCAUUCACGUU